AUGAAAUCCAGCAUCCUUCUCACCUCAUGCAUCAGCGUAGCCACCCUCGCUUACGCCUACCCCGGCAUGCACAAUAUUCUCUUCGAGAUCAAGGUCCGAGAGGACGAUGAUACUGAAUUCGACUCCAAAGAGCUCAUCGGGGACCUAGUUAACCUCACCGAGUCGCAGCUUACAUCCGUUGGUCGCUCCGUAAAGAAGAUUAUCACCGAUGACGGCGAGGACGGGGAGUCUAACGAGGGAUAUUCAAACAUCCCGGCUCGCGACACACCCCAGUGCGCUGCAGACACAUGCUGCAUUUGGCAUUACAUAUCAGCCGACAUGGCUGCUAAGUUCCGCGGACCAUCAGGGAGGUGCACGAACCUUGCGCGACAAUCAGUGCGGAUCGGUUUCCAUGACGCAGCGGGCUGGUCCAAAGGAACUGGCCAGCUUGGCGGGGCUGAUGGGAGCAUCGUCCUCGCACCAGAGGAGAUGGCCCGCCCGGAGAAUCGUGGAAUGGAAGAGAUCGUCGAGCAAAUGGGGAAGUGGUUUGAUGAGUACAGCAAGUACGGAGCUAGCAUGGCCGACCUAAUACAGAUGGCGAGUACCACCGCUACAGUCGUUUGCCCUCUGGGCCCUCGCGUAAGGUCGUUUGUAGGCAGGAAGGAUAACUCGGUCCCAGCUCCGGACGGCUUACUGCCCAGUGCUUUCGCCAGCGCUGAUGACCUUAUAUCGCUCUUCCGGAACAAGACUAUUGAACCACAUGGUCUCACGGCUCUCUUGGGCGCGCACACGACUUCGCAACAGCGAUUUGUGGACACUGAGAGGGCAGGUGAUCCUCAAGACAGUACCCCUGGGGUAUGGGACGUCUUAUUUUACAAGCAAACACUUGACAACCAUGCGCCAAAGCGGGUUUUCAAGUUCCAGAGUGAUAUCAAUUUGUCAAAAGACCCGAGGACCGCGUCCGAGUUCAAGGAAUUCACAGGCCCCGACGGACAGAAAGAUUGGAACGAGGAUUACGCCCGGGAGUACGUGCGGUUGAGCCUUCUGGGGGUUUUCAACAUCAACAAUUUGACGGAGUGUACGAAAGUCUUGCCGCAACCCAGUGCGCCCUAUUUCAAUCCGCCUGAUCAGCCUGUCUUGAACGUGUGGAUGAACAUGACCCGACACAUCGAGCCAUUUGCGAAGGCCGUCAUGGACGGAGAGAUCCUUUCGGGUCUGGCGGGUAUGCUCACUGGCCAGCAGAACAACACACUGGCUGCAGCCGAUUGA